AUGAUUACGCAUAGGUGGAACAUAAGAGGGAAACUUCUAAAGACAUUGUACCUUCAAGCAAUAGAAAGAAUGAUUCUUUAUGGGUGCCCCAUAUGGUACACGGGCACAGAAAGACAAAAGAUAAAGCUUAAUCAAAUACAAAGGGUGGCGCUUCUCUGUAUAACAAAAGCAUUCUCAACCGCCCCAACAUCAGCGCUACAAGUCUUGGCUGGUCUAAUGCCGCUAGACUUAAAAGCACACAUGGAGGCAAGCCUGUACAGGGUACAGCACUAUAAAGAAAACAUAAACAUAGGAGAAAUAAUAAUUUGGGCUAAAGAAAUAGAGGAAAAACUCCCAGCAGCCUCGGAACACCCGGCUAGAAAAUUUCACUUAAAAUGGGACAAAGACCCCCCAGAAGGACAGGGAAUAGAAGCAUUUACAGACGGCUCGAAGAAAGAAGAUAAAGUAGGGGCGGCUUUUGUGAUCUUUAACAACACGCAAGAAAUACAUAAUAAAAGAAUCAGAUUAAAUAAUGACGCCACGGUCUUCCAGGCGGAAGUCCUGGCUUUAAAGGAAGCAUGUAUAUGGCUAAGCCACAACAUAAGUGCAGAACAUAGAAUAAAUAUAUACACAGAUAGUCAAAGUUCCCUUCAAAGCGUCAAUAAGACACAAAACUCCAACAGGAGCAUCAGAGCACUGAAGGAAUUAUUUCAUACCCUCCAGGAUUCCCACACAGUAGGUUUCCACUGGGUGAAAGCGCAUGAGGGCACAAUGGGCAAUGAAAGAGCCGACACGGAGGCCAAAAGGGCUACAGAACAAAUAGAAGUGGAUACGGAAGUCCCCCUCUCGGAAUUAGCAAUGAAAACAAAACUAACAAGAAAUGAUUCGACAAUGGCAGGAGAGAUGGGAACAAGAACAGACGGGUAG